AUGGCGGCUAGUCGUACUUUUAACAUAAUUGGUAGUAAAAUUCCAAAACACUGUAAACAAAGUUUUUCUACUUCUACUUGUAUUCAAAAUAAAUGGAGACUACAAAAUGGGCUUGAACAAAAUACUACAUCUUACUCUCCAUUAACAAAACUCCCCGACUAUUCUUUUGUCGAUGGAAGACCUAUUAUUCUUAGUUGGAGAAAAGUACAAUUGUUAGAAAGGGAGAAGCAAAUAUGUGAAAAAAUUUCUAGGUUAAGCAAUGAAUUAGAUGUCGGUUUGAAAAAUUAUUAUGAAAAACAAAAAGAAAUUGAAAAUCGUAAGCAAAAAAUAUUAGAUAAUAAACUUAAGCCAAAAGGAAAAUCACUUCUUAAAAAACUUUGA